AAUGCCAUCAACGUCAAGAUAUAAGUGCUACUUUGAUUGUGACAAUGACGGCCCAUUGCACCGAUUUCCUAAACCUGAAUACCCACAUUUGGAAAAGUUUAACUCGUGGAAAAAAGUACUAGAUAAAGCUUUACAAGAGAAAGGCGACAUCUACAUUUAUAACCAAAUUCGAUUUUGCGACAGACAUUUUGAAGAGUGUUACCGUUCAGCCAGUCACCGACUUACUCCAAAUGCAAUACCAACUCUAGAUUUAUCUACAUUACCAGUUGGUCAAACUCUUGAAGGUCCAUCGGGACAUGUCGAGGCAGACAUGUCGAAUUUAUUAAACAUUUCGCAAGAUAAACUUGCUGUCAUUGAGCCAUCCAGCUCUACCCACUAUCAUAGUGAUGUACAGAAUGCAUUACAGACAGCUGAACGCCCUAAAGGUUCUAGGAAAAGAGGGACUUGUCAAUAUUUAAAACGAGUCGUCACCUCCAAAGAGAAGGAGAUAAUAAAGUUAAAACAGAAAGUAUUGAAGCUGAAAAAGAAAUAUAAGGAACAAAAUAACAAGAAACUCUCUGCAAGGAAAAUUUCCACAUCAAAAUCAUUUUGAAAGAGUUAAAUAAAAUGCC